AUGGUGCCCGGAGAAUACUUCGGGAGACUCCAGGGGUCUCGUGCCCCCGAGCCAUUCAAUGAGAACGGGCGCAAUGGGCGCUGUGUCGUGGGAGUCAUCUUGGGAGGCCCGACUUCCGACACUCGUGCUUGCCUUCUGCGUGUCCUCGGCUUUGAGCCCACAGCGUUGACUGGAAGCGUUGGACUGUGUCCGAUUCAGGCUUUGGUGACCUUCCGGGACGUGGCUGUGGACUUCACCCAGGAGGAGUGGAGGCACCUGGAGCCGGCCCAGAGGGCCCUGCACAGGGACGUGAUGCUGGAGAACUUCCAGAACCUGGUCUCCCUUGGUGAGCACAGCUUCCCCUUGACUCAGGCUGAGAGAAUUUGUCCCAGUGGAAAUUAUCUUAAUUGGGAGACUAUAUUUGAAACCAAGGACUCAAAUGUAAUUCAGGACAUUUUCAUGGGAUCAUCAGCAAAGAAAAGUCAGUUGAAUGACAGUUCCUGGUAUCCCAAAAUGAGACAAGUUGGAAACUAUGACAUAGAGAACCAGAUGGGCAACCAGGAUGGAAAUUCCAAGCAAUUAACAGUCACUUCCAGAACAACUUCUGUUGGUAGAAGUUUUAGUCUGGAGUCAGUCUUUCUUGCACUGUGGAGAGGCAGUAUGGAAAAUAGUCUUCCUGAACACAAGACAUUUGGACAGAAUUUCAGGAAUUUUUCAGAUCUAAUUUCAUGUAAUACUUUUUCCUUAGGAAAGACUCUCUCUAAGUAUACUACACACAAGAAGCCCUUUAAUUACCAUUCAGAUCUAAUUAAAUUUCAUAGAGAACAAGCUGAAGAAAAGCUACCUGCAUACAAUGAAAGUGGGAAAGCUGUUUGCAAAAGGUCAAAUAUUAAUGAACUUCAGAGAAUUUGUAUUGGAGAAAAGCAUUAUAGAUGUAAUCAGUAUGGGAAAGCUUUCAACCCCAGAGGGAGCAUGGCCAAAUUUAAAAGGAUUCAUACUAGAGACAAACUCUUUGAUUGUAAUGAAUGUGGGAGAACCUUCAGCCAAAAGGCAUACCUUAUUUAUCAUCAGAAAACCCAUACUGGCAUGAAACCCUUUGAAUGUAAUGAAUGUUGGAAAACUUUCAAUAAGAAGGGACAUCUUCUUCGACAUCAGAGAACUCAUACUGGAGUCAAACCUUUUGAAUGUGAUGUGUGCGGAAAAGGCUUUAGCCAACGGGGAAACCUUAUUAGCCAUCAGAGAACUCAUACUGGAGAGAAGCCCUUUGCGUGCAAUGAAUGUGGAAGAGCCUUUAGUCGGAGGACACAUCUCAUUUAUCAUCAGAGAAAUCAUACUGGAGUGAAACCCUUUGAAUGUCAUGAAUGUGGGAAAGGCUUCAUCCAGAUGGGGAGCCUUCAUAGACAUCAGAGAGCUCAUACUGGGGUGAAACCCUUUGAAUGUAAUGAAUGUGGGAAAGCCUUCAGAGAGAAGGGCUGCCUUAAAAGACAUCAGAGGAUCCAUAGUGGAGUGAAACCCUUUGAAUGUAAUGAAUGUGGGAAAACCUUCAGUAAAUUAGAAACUCUUAUUAGCCAUCAGAGAACCCACAGUGGAGUGAAACCUUUUGAAUGUAAGGAAUGUGGAAAAGCUUUCCAAGAAAAGGGAUGUCUUAAUAGACAUCAGAGAACUCAUACUGGAGUGAAACCCUUUGAAUGUAAUGACUGUGGGAAAGCUUUCCAGGAGAGAGGAUGCCUUAAUAGACAUCAAAGAACUCAUACUGGACUGAAACCCUUCACAUGUAGUGAAUGUGGAAAAGCUUUCCGGGAACGGGGAUGCCUUAAUAGACAUCAGAGAACUCAUACCGGAGUAAAAUCAUAUACGUGUAAUGAAUGUGGGAAGGCAUUCGGUGAGAAAGGAAAGCUCAUUAGACAUCAAAGAACUCACACUGGAGAGAAAACAUUCGGAUGUAAUGAAUGUGGGAAAAAUUUUAGCCGGAGAGCAAAUCUUAUUAGACAUCAAAGAACUCAUACUGGGGAGAAACCCCUUGCAUGUAAUGUAUAUGAAAAAGUCUUUGGUGAGAGUACUCGCUUCAUUUAUCAUCAAAGAAUUCACACUGGAGAAAAAUCCUUUGACUGUGAUGAAUUUGGAAAUGUCUUUAGCCAGCAUGCUUAACUUAUUAUUUUUCAGAAAACGUAUCCUUGAGUGAAACCUUUUGUAGUUAGAGAAGGCUUUAGCAAGAAUGGAUACCUUAUUUAAUAACAGAGAAGUCAUCCUGGAAUGGACUUUUUUAAUAAAUCCCUUCAUUUAGAACAGUAGGCCAAAAUAAUGCCCAUUAAGAGGCAGCUUGUGCCUCGGUUGAUGGAGUACUUGGUCCUGGAGUCAGGAAGCCCUGAGUUCAAAUCCAGUCUCAGACAUUUCCUAGCUGAAUGAUCCCCGCAGGUCACUUAAAUCUCUGAUAAUUUGGCAAAAAUGGAUUCACUGGAGAAGGAAAUGGUAAAUCACAGCAGUGUCUUUGCCAAGAACAACUCAAAUGGGAUCCUGAAGAGUUGGACGUGACUGAACAGCAGCAAAAAAAAAAAAAAAAAAAAAAAAAAAAGCCUAUUCAUUGAGGAAAGACUAAACAAAUUGUGUUACAUGAAUGCAAUGGUUUAAUACUGCAUCUGUAGAAAUAAACAUGAAGAAUCCAGAGAAACACGAACUUCCAUGGAAUAAGGCUUGACCCAGGGGAAUUAGAAAAUAUACUUCCCUUCUUUGCAGAGCGGGGUACAGAUGUGUAAUGUUGCAUUAUUUUGAGUAAAUUUAAUAAAGGUUUUUUUGAGUAAAUUUAAUAAAGGUAGACUGAGGUACAGACUCUUGCGCAAGAUCAGUUUAUUAAUAGUGACAUGUAUAACUGUUAACAAAGCAGGUCACACCGGCAACCUCAGCAAAGGCAGUGAUCCCCAGAGAAGGAGAGGUUCCUCUUUAUUAUCAAACAACAAAGGAGGGAUCUUGGGAGGCAUAGAGACAAGGUAAUAGGUUGUAGGGUUGGUAUGAGAAUAUUAUGAUUGGUUAUACUGAGAGAGAUGGGCUGACAUUCAGGUAAGACUAACCAUUUCCCUCUCUAACAAUUAAGGAAUGUUAAUUGUUUUACGGAACCCCCUUGUAUCUUUCCAUCUCUCUAGAAGGGAAAGAAACUCCUUUAACUACACAAAAAUAGAAAGGGACAGAUAGCAUAUCUUUGGAGGAUGAUGAUUUUAUGGGGCUAAACAAACAUUGGUUAAGUAUUCUGGGGGUUACUAGCAUAAGGUUAAACUAAAUUGAAGCUAGUUUGGCUAGAUCUCUGAGCUCAAGUCAAAUGAGGUGGAUGCACUUGCUGUUAUAAAAUUAAUACAACAAAAUCGAUCACAUUGUGAAGUUAAUACAGUAGAAAUAGAGAAGAAAUAAUGUUAAUUUUGAUAUUUUCAGCAUAUACUAUCAGAAUUGUGUGUUGAUUAGUUUUGCUUAACUGUUUUCCAACCUCUAUAUUUUUAUUGAAUAUUUCUUUGGAUAGGAAAGGAAAAGAGGAAUAUAAUAAGGCAGAAAAAAGGUAACAAAAGCAAAAUGUUAUCAGUAACCUGUACUGGUGGUAUUUGCUUCCCAUCCUCUUUCAUCAUAAGUUAGUAAGCUGAAAAAUCAGAGUAGUGCUGUAGAUAUGGUUUACUCCAGCUUUAGCAAGCCAUUUGAUCAAGUUUAAAGCUAUUCUUGUGGGCUAGAAAAUAAUAAAAUUAGAAUGUUCCAAAACGGGUCAAAUGGUCAGCUCCAAAGAAUAGUCAAUGAGUAUGUCAAAUUAGAAGGCACAUAGUAGUAUGCUUCAGGAAACUGCUUUUAUUGAUGAUGGACCCAUAGUAGGAUUAUCAAAUUUAUAGAUGACAGAUGUUAGAGGGAUAGCUAACAUACUGGAAUAUGAUCUGAAGCC